AAAAAGUGGAAAAAUCGCACCGCCUUCUUCAACCUCCCGAAGCUUUGCCCUCGCCUUCUCUCUCCAUCUCCGUCUCGCGGCGCAAAGCACCAGACGCUCCCUUCUCUCUCUCUCUCUCUCUCUCUCUCUCUCUCUCUCUCUCUGCUUCCUUCGUCCCCACGCUCUUCGCGGCAAUGGCGAGCAAGGCGGUCAUCAACCUGAACGAGAAGAUCCCACAGGAAGAGGAGACCGACAACCCCGUCGAAACCCUAGAUCCCGCCGACCCCUCGCCCGCCGACGGUUCCGAUCCCGGCCCCGGCGCCGCCGCGGACGGGCCCGCCAAGGAGGAGGAGGGCGAGCUGAAAGAGGAGGCCGCGGAGGCCGCCGCCGAUGCCGAUCCCGCGGACGCGCGGGCGGGGAAGGGCGGCGAGGAGCCGGCGGCCGACGACGUCCAGAAGAAGAUCCGGCGGGCGGAGAGGUUCGGUGUGCCGGUGCAGCUCUCCGAGAAGGAGAAGCGCAACUCUCGCGCUGAAAGGUUUGGCACUAUAUCUGGUCCAAACAAAUCUGAAGAACUGACUAAGUCGGAGGAGUUGAAGAGAAAGGCUAGGGCAGAGAGGUUUGGUGUCCUUGCAGCACCUGCUGAUGCUGAUGAGGUGGCAAAAAAGAAAGCUCGGCUUGCCAGGUUCACAUCGGGCAAGAAAGUUGAUCCCGAGGAGGAAGAAAAGAGGAAAGCAAGGGCAAUCAGGUUUUCAAAUCCUCCGUUGGGGUCCCUGUCACAGGUGAAUGGCAAGGAAGCAAUCGCUGGCAAGGCCGGCGAGGGGUCUUGAGGAGCACACUUCUAUACAUUUUCUUUCUUUUUAUUUUUUCCUUUGCAUAGUAGAAUGGUCUAACUUAGUUUUAUCUACCAGCAAUCUAUGAAGCCGUGCUUGUUGUUGAUGCAUGAAUAUUCAGAUCCAAAUUGAUGCUUAGUUGAGUAGCUGCAACAGGACAUUGAACAGGAUUUUAGAGCAGGAGAAUCUUCGUCUGCAUUGGUCUUAAAUUCACCUUGUGGGGCCUCGAUGAUGAAACCUCCCUCCACGUGUUAACCAAUCUUAGUCUUAUCAAAAUUAUCAGAAAUUCCUAUACAGCCUCAGUAAUCAGCAUUCUGUGUUGGGAUGUGUGUUUGGUGUGGACAUGAUUUAUUUUCUUUUGAUUAAAUUGAAUGAUUUUCAUCAUAGAUAUUUUGGAUAGAGUAUUCCUUAGUGGGGUAUCUCGUGGCAUCUGUUGACGUGGUAGAUUGAUAUGUUAUUUGCUGAUGAAGUAGAUUGACAGACUAGAAGAAACCUGUGCUCAGAAAUGCCAUCACUUUUUUAUUAUUAGUCUUGCGGUGAAGGGGUUGAUGGCAAUGGCUUUUAGCUGUCAAUGUGUGCUUCAUUGCUUGUUGCCACAUUUUUAUUUCUCCUUGACUUGGCUGUUAAAGUAUCUGGAAAUGCUGUAGUUAUUAAGAUGUGACAUGUGUGCAUUGUAUUUGAAAUUUGUAAUUUUGAAACAAACUCUCAGUCUAGUCCGGACUAAAAUUCCCCGCAUGAGGUAGAGCAUGUUUUUGAGUGGGUUUUGAGUUCUGUAUUCCAUGUUAGUACGUUAUGGGGGUGUUUUGCUGCUUCAUAUCAUGCAGUUCAUGAAAUGAAUGGUCAUGAGAUCUGAUAGAUUUUACCAGUGGCAAAUAAUCUAGGCUGCAUCAUGAAAAGGUAUAAAGCAUUUCUUGUUUGUUGAGAGUCAUCAUCAGUCUCUCUUGAUAGUGAGACGUAUUGCAGAUUGUGUUGGAAUGAAUUGAAGGUACAUUUUUUUUUUUGGCAAAACUCAAGUAGGGACAUCUCAAAUAUGGAAAGUUCGGCUUCUAUGAUACAAAGAAAUGAAAUCUGUCAAUCAUGGCUGUGAAAUUGGAAUUUCUGAUAUACUUAUCCGUUUCUUCGAGAAAAGCUAGCACGUGGAGGAGGUUUCUUGAUUUCUGCGGGUCUUCACUUGGUGGAUUGCAGUCAGUGAGGUAGGAUUGUCCAUUUGACUGGGGAUAGUUUGGCAUGUAAUGAUGUUUUGAGUUAUGAAACUUCUCUUAAGUAGUGAACUAAGGUUAUAGUUAUUGUAAUUUUACUGUGAUAUUCGUUUUGUAUUGGAGUAAAUUGUUGGAUAUUGUUUUCA